GAUUAUAUAAGCCGGACUUUCGAGACGAAGGCGACUUUUUAUUUCUUCUCGAACUUAUAUCAGAGGGACGAUGACGGAUUCCGAUUCAUUCUGUGGACUUCCUGUCUCUCACCCACCACAUUGCGGAAGUAGUGCGGUAUAGGCAAGCCUCUGCUAGACGGAAGAAUUAUAGACCUCCGUUGAGUGCGCUGGGCAAUUCUCCCGUGGCCUCUGCGAAAUUCGAGAGGGGUCGACAUACAGUACAGAACGUGUAUCUUUACCUGUUUUCUAUACCACGCAUCUCCUCGUUUCUACCUCGUGAACGCAUUUCCUGAAAAUAAAAGACGGCUGGAUCCCACCGCAGUUUGUGUCAUAUUGUCGUCAGAAGCUUCCCGAGGUCAUCCAUGUCACUAGAUCCUCACCCCACAAAUACUCAGUCUCAAGGCUUUUCAGACGGACUACUCGUCGCCAAUCAGCUAAACAGGAAUUCUGCAGAGGGUAUGGAAUAUAUGAAGGAACAGGUGCUUGUAGGCCAGACGAUAUUGCAGCAGGCGGUGGACGUUAUUGACCAAUUCCUUACCUCCGACGAACAACUCUCCGUGAACUCUCAAUAUCUUCCGGGCUCUACAAUUGGAAAACAUCUGAGGCAUGCCAAUGAUCAUUAUAGGGCCUUGAUUCAGGUCGUCAACUCCCAGUCUUCCCACUCUUAUACUUUAGACUAUGACCGAAGUCGUACACGGAACUCUCCAAUGGAAACUAAUAGGACCGCCGCCCGAGAGCUUUUGACAGAGACGAUACAGAGCCUCGGAGAUUUACCAAAUAUCACUCAUUGGAAUGCACCCCUCUUAUUGCAUGCUAUCACGCCAUACGAUCACCAAAUGCGAAGCUCACUGGGAAGAGAGCUGUGGUUCGCCAGUCUUCAUUGCGUCCAUCACUGGUCUAUGGUCCGAGUGAUAGCGGGAGAAAUGGGUAUCACGCUUUCCGAAGAGUUUGGGUUUGCUCCGUCGACCCUUGUCCACCAAGGUCGCGACGCUCCGCUCAGUAAAGCAAGAAUAUGAACUCUCCUGUUGUACCUUUGGUUGUAUUACUAUAUACUACUAAUAUAACGUUUGGAUGCUUCUCUU